UACUUCACAGCAAGAAAAACUUUGAACCUUCAACAAAAACAACACACGAAUGUCGUUUUCUUUUGUAUCAUUCAAAUUGUGAAAAUUGUGAAAUAUUUAUUGUGUUGACUCAGUCUACUGUCAGUGGGAAGAAGAAAACAAUUUUAAUCGAAAUACUAAAGGGUGUUAGCUAAACAACUAUUCAAAAUGGCGCCGCCAGAUUUAAAGAAGAUGCUUCAAGUGAACAUCAAGCCUCGUCAAGAUUCUUACACAGAUCAAUUCAGUCGAAUUUUUAUGGUGAAAAUGAUGAUGUUGACCUCAGCUGUGACCGCCAUCUCCUGGAUGAAAGAUAAGCUAAACUGCAUUGUCCCCAAAUCUCAUGACAUAAACGGAGCCUUUGUAGCAAAAGCAUGCUGGAUCAAUGGCUUAUACGUUUACCGAGAAAUCCACCCAAAGGAUCAAAGCUUUUAUUAUGGAAUUCCAACAGACAUCAGCAUGAAUGGUUACAACAAAUAUGGCGAUUUGUGUAAAUCUAAUGGCGCUAGCUGUCAAGAGAUGGAGAGGACAUUCUUCCUGCAAUAUCAAUGGUUUCCAAUUGGUGUAGCAGCUCUUGCAUUCUUGUACUAUUUACCAUACCUACUUUUCCGUCUUGCCAAUGCAGAUAUGCAGAGCUUAAAAGGUUUAAUCGCUGGUAAAACUGUCCAGGAUGUGGAUUUUGAAAAAGUUAUUCAAAAUUAUUUUUCCCGACAUUCCCGAUCAACUUCAAACCAAACGAUUAGAGUCUUACUCAACAUUUUGGUGAAAAUACUGUAUGUUGUUGCAAAUAUAGCUGGUUUUAUUGUCAUUGAUAGCGCUAUCAAUAAAGAGUUUAUUAAAUACGGAGGGCGUUGGUCAAGCUGGCUAGGAAAAACAAACGAAGGUCGUCAUGACUACACCCAACCUGACGAGCCUAAACCUGGUCACCAUUUACUUCCUGGGUUUGGAUUGUGUGAGUUGACAUCAGUGGCAGCCGACAAUCUUCAGGCUGUAGUAAAUGUACAUACAUACGUUUGCGAGCUGACUCAGCAUAUUUUGUACCAAUACAUUCUUAUUGUGAUGUGGUAUAUUUUCAUUCUGGGUAUUGUGAUAUCCAUCGUUGGUUUUCUCAAGUAUUUUUUCGAUCUAUUCAUGGCAUCCAGCACUUCAGAUGUCGAGGGAGAAGAUCUAAAAGUAUUGUUUCGUAACUUGACGUCACGUGAAAAAGAAUAUAUGAAGUUCGUGCGAAGAAAAAGCAUGCCAAUUUUUGGAGAGCUUCUGCAAAAGUUGAAGGAAUAUAACUCCGGUGGAAGCAGCGUGCCAUCCACAAGCAACCGAUCGUCAUAUGGUCCACCUGAAAAAGAAAGCAUGCAGUGAGAUUGCAGUUUAUAAUUUUUAAAGACAGUUUGUUUUUGUCAUCAGUGUUAUGUAGAGCAGUUUGUUAUGUAAAUAAAUAAGUUCUCCAAGUGUGUCCUGGGUAUAUACUUGACUUACUUCAUUUUUUUGUAACUAUGAAACUUUUGUGGAAUAGUUUUUUUGUGUCUAAGCCGCAAGAUCUCCCAUGUCACCUCGUAAUUUUUAUAUAUGCUAGAUACUACUAAAGUAACUUACUACUAAAGUAUGGAAAUUUUUACUUUAGCCCCUUUUUACAUUGCAAGUUUUUUUUCUUUGUGUCUCAUAUCAGGUAAAUUCAACUCCUGAAAGUAAAGACUUAUUUUGUGUAAAGACAAUGUACGGUUUAAGAUUGUAGUUUUAUAUUUUGAAUAGUAAAACGAUUUGAAAAUAUAAGUGCAAUUUUCCACGUUUGAUAAUAUUGUAACUGAUAACUUUUUAUAUAGAUUGAGUUUUAUA